AUGAAGAAAAAGGUGGAAAAUUCAACAAAAACUGAGUUUAUUCAUCUGUUUAUCAGCUUGCCGGCAAACGACGUUUAUAGCCUACGCGAUAUAAGUACAAAAUUACUCGUGCACCAAAUUAAAUCAAAAAUUGAACUCCGAGUCGGGAUACCAGGUCAUUUGAUACAUUUGUACUUUAUGAACAACGAACUGGCGGACGAUAAAACGUUACAGGACUAUAAACUAAAACACGGCUGUAUUUUAAGAGUACGGCUACACAAAACUUGGUUGGGGCUAUUCCUGGCUUGUUCGAAGGGAGAUACUUUUGAAGUCUUUGAAAACGGAGUGCAAGCAUUAAACGAUGAACCCUCAAGUGAUUUCGAUGUGGAACUUUGGAACAAGCUUGUUAUCAAACGGGCGACUUUUGCCCUGUUCAUGGCAACUUAUCAUGGAUAUUUGUCGCUCAUGCUAGAGCUGCUAAACUCCAGCGCAGCUGAUAUUAAUGGCUGUACGGUGUUUGGCCGGACAGCCUUGCAUAUUGCAGCUUUUCAAGGUUUCGUUGGCUGUGUUUCGCUCCUACUUUCCGAAGGUGCAGAGUCCAGUGCGCUGGAUGUGUUUGGUAAAACUCCCUUACAGUUGGCUUAUAUUAACAGGCAUAUUUAUUGUCAAAAACGAUUGUACAUGCAUCAGACUUCUAGAAGUGGGGGCGACGAAUCUCGUGAAAAGGCAGGUGAUGGUCGGCCCAAAACAGCACCGCAUGAAAUGAUGAAGAAUUUUCAUCGAAAUCAAAGAACGAAGAAGAAUAUGUCGUCGCAAGUUGCAACGGGAGCUACUCGUGGGGAAACGUCUGCCGAGGUUGGUGGUCUUAUGUUGAAUAAUGUACACACGUAAAAACACACAAAUUGUAACAAACCUGCAGCAGACUUGUAGCAAAUUGCUGUUGCAACAACUUGUUAACAGGAUAUGUUCGCACUGCUUGUUUCCAUCUUGUUGACAAGUUGUCAACGGCUUGUUCACAACUUGCUACAAGGUUUUUAAGUUUAGUACAUUCACAACAUGCUUUCAUCAGUGGUUUGACCCCUUUAUUGUGUCAAAAUAAAAAGAUUAGAUAUCCUCCUAUUCUAUCCUAUUCUAUUCCCAUAGAGUUUUCCAAGUAUAACCACCACCACUAAAGAUACUUCAAUCCAGUCUCAGAACCACUCGAGUCCUUCAUCAUCCUAUGAGUUACCUGUAAUGACGAUUGAAUCGCCAAAAACACAUCAUCCAGUGGGUGAAAUUCCGUCCCAGUUCUCGGCGCCUAUCGUGCGUGCGCAAACCGCACCAAUCCGACGAGAAGGCUCUUCUUCUCGAUCUAGUACUUCGCGUGGAAUUCGUGGAAUUGAUGCAAUUCUUAGAACUGCUCAAGAUGACAUUGUUGGAGAAUAUCAUAAUAUUGAUGGUAAGACUUACAGUAACAACAGUGGCUUUGCGCCUUCGAUUCCUCCAAUAUUCAGUUGUCUGAAAACUUUUUUUUAUUUAGAAAGUAUAGCUGAUAUUAAUGUGACCACACUGAAGCUUUCAUUACCAAGAGAGGAUAUUAUGCCAACAAAUUUCGAAACGAAACAGCCAGAACUAGAUUCUAUCACUAACAACUAUAAUUUCCUGGGCGAGGCAAGGUAUGAACAUAUUUCAUUUGUUAAGAUGAAAACGCUAACCGCACAUCUGUAACUCUGAAUUCCUGUAUAACGUAAAAAGUGGCAUUUCCAGACACAACAAGCGUGUCCUAUCCAAAAUAGAAGCACUUAAAAGGGACUGUAAUUGAUGACUACAUGACUAUAUCACUAUGUGACUAUAUGACUAUAUGACUAUAUGACUAUAUGACUAUAUGACUAUAUGGCUAUGACUAUAUGACAACAUGACUAUGACUAUAUGACUACAAGACUAUGACUAUAUGACUAUAUGACUACAUGACUAUGACUACAUGACUAUGACUAUUUGACUACAUGACUAUGACUACAUGACUAUAACUUAUGACUAUAUGAUUAUUAUGGCUAUGACUAUAUGGAUCAUAUUUAUUGUUUUAAAUCAUUUUACUUUAUUCUAUAAUCUGUUUAUAGAGCACCACUUCCUCCAAGCAAGAAAAUGCUCGGAUUCGUUUUAAAAGCUGAAGAAAACAGAAACUUAAAUCAGGAAAAGAAGACCAAUGGCUGUUCAGGAUCCGAACAGCAAGACGACAAAUUAUUGACAGCGACUACCAAUGGCGGUCCUAUAGCAAAGCGAGACCAGGAAGAUGAGAGAUUAUGGACGCUAUCUUCCAAUGGCUAUCCUGAGCCAAAUCAGCAACCAUCUGACCGACUCUGGACUCCACCAUCCUAUGACAGUGUUCUGGAGAAGACCCCAUCCCUACAUCGCAAAUUGGGACCGUCUCUAAGUUACGAUGCAUGGCUGGAAAAGAAGCGCCAGUCGGCAACCGAAGUUAAGACUGAACGCCCUGCUAGUGCCACCUUGAAAAGCAAAGUCGGACGAGAGAUGGACGUUGCCGCUUUUAAACAAUGGCUAGAAGGCAAAAAGAAGUUCCGGAAACGCAGUAAAUCUGAGACAUUGACUAUUGAACACCAUAGAGCUGGCUCUGGAGUGCCUUUUGAAGAAUGGUUAAGACAGAAAAGGCAACAAUUGAAUGGUAAGUCUUUUUAAUUGAAUUUCAACUGCAGGUUUUAAAAAUUUAAUUACCUAUUUAUAAGAUUCAAUAUUUACAAAGUUAAAAUAAAUAUUUUCGGUUAGUCAACGUCAGAACUGUUGACAGUUGCAGGAGCAACCGAAUUAGACUACAUCUCUCGAGGCUGGUCAGACACUAUCAAAGUUUCUAUGAUCACAGUAGGAAUUUCGCAUAUGUAAAUUCUAAGUUUUGAGGGAUUUGUAAGAAAUGUUUGAGGAAACUGACUCGGACUGUUUAACACUAAGUCAAUUCCCUCGAACGUUUCUUACAAAUCCUUCAAAACAUAGAACUUAGUUACAAAAUUCCUACUGUGAUCGCAAAAACUUUGACAGAGUAAAGCAGCUUUCAGUUUCAAUUCUAUUCAUUUCCCACCAAAUAGACUAUAACACAUGUAAUAUAACACAAGCUUUCGACUGCCAGCUGCUGUCUUCGACAGGUAAAGUGGUACUAAAUAUAAAACUAUUCUACGGAUUUAGCUACUAGGACAGUGGUUUACAAUUACAAUGAGAUGCAAUAACAAUGAGUAGUUCCGCCUACGUAAACUCUAGUAUAACGAGUGUUCUUUUAUAACUAUGGUUUAUUCUUUUUAAUAAAAAUCUAUAUUGUUCUGGUAAAUGUUGCGCAUUGUAUGCCAGGACUCCAGUGUUGCUCUGUGUCGAUAGGUUACCUUGUCUAGGAUUUUGCACUCAUCAAAGUUGAUUUUGUGGUCCCGAGUCCAAGCAUGUUUUGCUAUGUUAGAACCGGAUACCGUAACAUGUAAUAAAAAAAUUUAACAACAUCUGCUACACAGAUACGGGGCUUCGGUGGCCAAGUGGUUAGCGCACUUACCUCCCACCUCUGAGACUGCAGGUUCGAGUCUCACUAAGUACCUUCUCAAUGCGACUCGAACCCAGUCCCCAUGUGAAAAGAGUAAAAGUCAACGCUCUGCCGAAAGCCGUGGGUUUUCCCCGGGUACUCCGGUUUCCUCCCACAGGGAAAGUUGACAGGGUGGGUUAGGUAAAAAGGGCCCACAGUAAUUGGCAUAUGCUGUUGUGGUGACCCUGCCCUAGUUGGCAAAGCUAAAUAAAUAAAUAAAUAAAUACACGAUAACGAAACCCACCGAUACGAUUAAAUAUUUGGAGCCCAAACGUUUUCUUCAAUUUUGCAGAGUCCUCUAUGGAAUCCCCAGGCCAGAUCACUGAAAAAGCUGACUCAAGGCCUAAGCAAGCGCUGUUAGGUGGGAAAACGUUUUCUGAGUGGCUAGCUGAAAAGAGACAGCCAAACCAAACUUGUGAAAAUGUUAAAACGGACAGCAAAAGGAAUAGAUCCCAUUCUGGAAAGACGUAUCGAGAAUGGCUUAAGGAUAAGAACAAGGAAAAGCAGAAUGAAGCUAUUUUACAAGAUAAUUUCGCAAUGUUAGAGUUACAGAAGAAAGCAUUAGUUGAAGAACAGCGGAGACUUAAUCCAAGGGUGAAAACGUUUGACGAAUGGUUUGAGGAGAAACGUGCCCAAAGUAUUAUCGAGCUUAUACAAUCAAAAAAUGUUCCGAAUGAGGCAUGGUUGCUGAAUUCUAAAACGAAAUUUCCUGAAGAUGCUUGCUUGGUGUAUGAUAUGUGGCUCACGUCCAAGAACAUGGAGGAAUUCAAAAGAGAAGAGAGAUUGUAUGAAGAAAUGGUUGAGAAGUGGCGAAAAAAAGAACAGGAACGUUUGCAAGUGCGAAGGAGUAUUUUAAGUAAACUUAGUCAAGCUAAGAAGGAUACCUAA